AUGGUCGAAGUAAAAGAUUGUACGGAUGUUCUAACUUUGAACACUGGCGCUAAAAUUCCUGUAAUUGGAUUGGGAACUUAUCAAGCAGAUGGGGAUGAUGUCUACAAAGCUGUUUUGCACGCAUUGAAAAAUGGCUACAGACAUAUUGAUACGGCUGCAAUUUAUGCAAAUGAAAAGCUUGUAGGUAGAGCUAUUAAAGAAUCCGGAGUGCCAAGGGAGGAAUUGUUUAUUACUACGAAGUUGUGGGUCUCCCAGUUUAGGGAUCCGGAAAGAGCUUUAGAUGGAUGUUUGAAACGUUUGGGGUUGGAUUACGUUGAUCUAUAUUUGCUUCAUUUCCCAAUUCCUCAAAAGGAAUUCGAGCCUGAUGGAGAGAACUUAAGUGUCCAAUCAUAUUUAGCGCACAAUUUCGCAUAUGACGAAGAAUGGACUUUCGUUGAUACUUGGCGUCUUGUUCAGAAGUUGCCAGAGACUGGUAAGGCAAGAGCUGUUGGUGUCUCUAACUUCAGCGUGAACUACUUGAACAAGCUUUUGGCUGAUCCAGAACUGAAGGUUGUUCCUGCUGUCAACCAGAUUGAAGUCACUCCCUACCUUCCCCAAGAAGAGGUGAUUGAAUUUUGUAAGAGCAAGAAUAUUUUGAUUGAAGCGUACUCUCCAUUGGGCUCUACAGGAGCUCCUGUUGCAAAGGAACCAGAGGUAAUUGAACUUGCUGAGAAGUAUGGUGUUACUCCAGCUCAAGUUUUGAUUAACUAUGCCGUAAACAGAGGUCUUGUUGUAUUGCCAAAAUCAGUCACUAAUGAAAGAAUUGAUGCAAACCUCAAGUCAUUUAAAAUAGAAAGUGUGGAUGUGGAAAAACUCAACAGCAUCCACAAGAGGACUGGUAUCAAGAGUUAUUUUGACACGAAAUGGUUGACCCUUGAAUGA